AUGUCCGAUACGCCCAAGCCCAGUCUACCCACGCUCGACAAGCUUGGCGUGACCAUCCCGGACGACCUCGACGUCCAGGCGGUUGCUUCGGGUUGGUUUAACGCAUUCUCGCAGCAAGUCUCUGCGCACAAUGUCCCGGGCGUGCUCAGUCUCUUCGUGGACGACGGCUGGUGGCGAGACAUGCUCGCACUCACUUGGGAGUUCCGCACCUUCCAUGGCGCGAAGAACCUCCAGCAGUUCUUCGAGGACCGCCUUGCCGCCUCGAAAUUCUCCGAACUGAAGCUCGGGACGACUUCGCUUGAGAAGUACGCUGAGGACGUCGUGUUCCUGGAAGGCUUUUUCACAUUCGAGACCGACGUGGGCAUCGGCAGUGGUAUCUUUCGCCUAGUACCGUCCGAGAGCGGGACAUGGAAGGCUCACCACGUAUACACCAACCUGGAGGAACUCAAGGGUUUCCCCGAGAAGACCGGGUCCCACCGCAACUUCCUCCCCAACCACGGCAAGUGGCUCGAACAGCGUGCGCGCGAGCGCGAGUUCCUCGACGCGGACCCCAAGGUCAUUGUUAUCGGCGGCGGGCAAAGCGGGCUGGACGUCGCCGCGCGGCUGAAGCUCCUAGACGUCCCGACGCUCGUAGUCGAGAAGCGGAAGCGGAUCGGCGACCUGUGGAGGCAUCGGUACCAGGCGCUGUGCCUGCAUGACCCUGUCUGGUAUGACCACCUGCCAUAUAUCCCAUUCCCCUCAUCAUGGCCGGUGUAUACCCCGGCUCAAAAGCUCGCAGACUGGCUCGAGUUUUAUGCUGAGUCGAUGGAGAUCAAUGUCUGGACAUCGUCCACGUUGAAGCACUUUGAGCAACGUGAGGACAAGACCUGGGACGUCACUGUAGAACGCGCAGACGGUUCGGAACGCAAGCUCCACGUUGACCAUGUCGUUCUCGCUUUGGGCCUCGGCGCAGGCUCCCCGAACAUGCCUUCGAUCCCCGGACGAGAGGAAUUUCAGGGACAGGUAUUGCACUCUACAGAGCACAACAGCGCAAAGGACCACCUCGCAAAGAAGGUUCUCAUCAUCGGCGCGAGUACUUCGGCACAUGAUAUUGCCGGCGAUUAUGUCGACCAUGGAGUAGAUGUCACGCUGUACCAGAGGAGUCCAACGCACGUUAUGUCCACAAGGAACGGCAUGCCGAAGCUUCUCGAUCGCUUCUAUUGGCAGGGCAGGCACCCCACCGAAGUUGCUGAUCGCCUCAACGCGUCGUUUCCCACCUCCUUGCAGGUGUUCUUCUGGCGGCGUAUCAUCGAUGAUAUCGCCCAGGCAGACAAACCGCUCCUUGACGGGCUGCACAAAGUCGGUUUCAAGACGUACGCAGGCUCUGAGGGCGCCGGCUUCAUACACCUUUCGAUGACACGUGGAGGAGGAUACUACCUCGACGUUGGAACAUCCCAGCUGAUCGUUGACGGGAAGAUCAAGCUGAAGAACGAUAGUCCAAUCGAGCGGUUCAUAAAGACUGGGAUCCGUUUCGAGGAUGGCAGCGAGGUCAAUGCGGACGUUGUUAUGUUCGCCACUGGGUUUGACAGUCCCAUUAGCGCUAUCGCGAAACUUGCCGGAGAGGAGCUCGCUUCUAAGAUCACACCUAUCUGGGGUCUCAACGAAGAGGGUGAGCUGCGCAGUGCGUGGCGCUGGCUCGGCGUGCAGAACCUCUGGUUCAUGAUGGGCAACCUGUCGUGGUGUCGGUUCCACUCGAAGCACCUUGCUCUCCAAAUCAAAGCGAUACAGGAGGGAGUGUAUGGAGAGCGCUACACGACAUAG